AUGUGUCUCACACACCUCUCUCUGCUCUGCUCCCUCCAGUGUGAGAUGUGUUCUGGAUGCGAGACGCGGCCCCAGCUCAGGUACACGUGGAGGCAGCGUGCCGCUCUGCAGGUGCCGAGCGCGCAGACCGCUUAUGCUAGCACAGCACAGCGCAGCACAUUCCCGGUGUCAGUGGUUCCUGGUGAAAUACGCUCUUUAUGGAGGGUGUGGUGCGCGGAGGCAGAGGUAAAGACAGGCUCCAGCACAUCACUGAACAUGUUGAAGCAGCAGCUCUGGGAGUUGGCAGAGUCUGGGGAGAGACGCUGCCCCCCAGAGAGAGAAGCCCAGGAUCAACCAGGGCACAAUCUACUGCACCACCUACUGCACCACCUACUGCACCAGCCACCUACUGCACCACCUACUGCACCAGCAACCUACUGCACCAGCAACCUACUGCACCAGCCACCUACUGCACCAGCCACCUACUGCACCACCUACUGCACCAGCAACCUACUGCACCAGCAACCUACUGCACCAGCCACCUACUGCACCAGCAACCUACUGCACCAGCAACCUACUGCACCACCUACUGCACCAGCAACCUACUGCACCAGCAACCUACUGCACCAGCCACCUACUGCACCAGCCACCUACUGCACCAGCAACCUACUGCACCAGCCACCUACUGCACCAGCAACCUACUGCACCAGCCACCUACUGCACCAGCAACCUACUGCACCACCUACUGCACCAGCCACCUACUGCACCAGCAACCUACUGCACCACCUACUGCACCACCUACUGCACCAGCCACUUACUGUACCACCUACUGCACCACCUACUGCACCAGCAACCUACUGCACCACCUACUGCACCAGCAACCUACUGCACCAGCCACCUACUGCACCAGCAACCUACUGCACCAGCAACCUACUGCACCACCUACUGCACCAGCCACCUACUGCACCAGCCACCUACUGCACCAGCCACCUACUGCACCAGCAACCUACUGCACCACCUACUGCACCAGCCACCUACUGCACCACCUACUGCACCAGCAACCUACUGCACCACCUACUGCACCAGCCACCUACUGCACCACCUACUGCACCAGCCACCUUCUGCACCACCUACUGCACCAGCAACCUACUGCACCAGCAACCUACUGCACCAGCCACCUACUGCACCAGCAACCUACUGCACCACCUACUGCACCAGCCACCUACUGCACCAGCAACCUACUGCACCACCUACUGCACCACCUACUGCACCAGCCACCUACUGCACCACCUACUGCACCAGCAACCUACUGCACCAGCCACCUACUGCACCAGCAACCUACUGCACCACCUACUGCACCAGCCACCUACUGCACCAGCAACUCACUGCACCACCUACUGCACCAGCCACCUACUGCACCACCUACUGCACCAGCAACCUACUGCACCAGCCACCUACUGCACCAGCAACCUACUGCACCACCUACUGCACCAGCAACCUACUGCACCACCUACUGCACCAGCCACCUACUGUAAUGCACCAGCCACUUACUGCACCACCUACUGCACCAGCAAUCUACUGCACCAUCCACUUACUGUACCAUCCAUCUUCUGCACCAACCACCUACUGCACCCUCCACCCACCUACACCACACAAUGCACAGUGGAACCCAUCUACAGAUGUUGA